AUGAGCUUAAGUGGAAUACUCAAAGGAAUAGAAAGAAAACAAUUUCAAAUUAAAACACAUCUUGGACUUGAAAAUAAAACUAAAGACAAUGAACUUUCUUUUUUAAAAGAACAACUCUUUUUAAAAGAAAAAAAGUGUCGCCACUUCUUAACUAAAGUUAGAAAAAUUUGUCAAUACUAUUUCUGUGAAAAUAAACAAACAGAAAAAAUUUUUUGUUCUUUAAGAAAAAUUUAUGUUGAAGGGAAAAAUGAAGUUAAUUCUUUAACUAAUACAUUAAACUCUCUUCAGAAAACCUUUCAAUUAAACAAAAAAGAAAUAACAAAAAUGGAAAAAAGAAUAAUGAAUGAGGUUGUAACACCUCUAAAAGAAUAUUUAAAACAAUUUAAAAGAAUAGAUAAAAAAAUACAAGAAUGUCACAAAAGAAGAAUAGAUAUGGAUCGUAUUAAAGAAAAUGAACAACAAAUUAAUGUUAUGACAAAAUUAGAAGAUUUCAAAAAUAAAUACGAAAAACUUAGGGAUGAAUUAGUAUUUGAUUUAAAUCAUUUAUUAAACAAUAUAGAUAAUUCUAUUGAACAGAUGACCACUAUUAUGACUACAAUUUUUGAAGAUUUUUAUUCAAAACAAUACUUCAAUUUUAGUAUAUUUAAUAACCAAAUAAAAUAUCAAACAUUCAACCCAAGUCAACUUAUUACAGAAGACAAAGAGUCUAUGGCUCAUUCAAAUAAUAUAUAUACUUCAAUUAGUAAUAAUUCUUCUCCAGAAAAUAGACAACUAAGAAAGAAAUCUUCUUUUUGUGGAAGACAAAUUGCUGUCUAUCCUUCUACAUACUCCCAACAAUUCAAAAACUAUGGAAAUUGGUCUAGUUUAGAUUGUUUUCAUACAGACCAAAUAAAUCAACAACUUAAAAAACCAAUACCACCUUGUCCUUCUAAAAAUUUAUUUCCAUUGAUUCAAUACCAACCUCCCAAUUCAUCUAAAGUUCUUUGUUUAUUUGACUAUUAUUCUACUGAUAUUCUUGAAUUAUCAUUUAAAAGAGGAGAUAUGAUUGAUUUACUAAGGAAAGAUGGGUUGUGGUGGUUUGGUGAGUUAAAUGGAAUAAAAGGAUAUUUCCCUUCCAACUAUGUUCAGAUAAUAAAUUAA